AUGUCUCUAUCUGGAAAAAUAGCCCUGAUCACCGGCUCCUCUCAGGGAAUCGGCAAAGCAACUGCCCUUCGCCUUGCUAGCGAAGGCGCCAGCCUAGUCAUCAACUACCGUUCUAACUUAGCAGCAGCAAAUAGCGUGGUUGAGCAAAUCGGCGCUGAUCGUGCCAUAGCGGUCCAGGCCGAUGCCUCCAAACUAUCAGAUUUAGAUCGUCUUGUCGAAGCGACAGUCGCCAGAUUCGGCAAAAUUGAUAUCCUGAUCCCCAACGCAGGGAUUCUGGCCAUGAAGGAUCUGGAAAAUACCACCGAAGGGGACUUUGACAAUUCUCACAACCUAAUGGUUAAGGGGCCGUACUUUCUGGCGCAGAAAGCUGCAAAAUACAUGCCACAUGGAGGACGCAUAAUCUUCGUCUCUACCAGUCUCAAUGCUCUUUCCAGCAUUGCACCUGCUUAUCUGCUUUAUGUCUCGACCAAAGGUGCCAUCGAGCAGAUUUCCCGUGUCCUCGCGAAGGAUCUUGGGCGAAAGGGUAUUUUGGUUAAUGCUAUUGCGCCUGGACCGACAAGUACAGAGCUUUUCAUGGAGGGAAAGUCGGAGCAGAUUCUCAAGGCCAUUGCUGGGUCUAAUCCUUUUGGUCGUAUUGGGGAGCCAGAGGAGAUUGCCGCCGUGGUGUUGUUCUUAGCUGGCAAGGAUAGUAGUUGGAUGUCUGGGCAGGUUGUGAGGGUUAAUGGUGCUAUGGCAUAA